AUGUAUCGAAACGUUCAGACCAGUGUAAGAAGUCCGGUCGGCAUGUCAUCGAGGUUCGACACCAAAGUAGGAGUUCAUCAAGGCAGUGCGCUGAGUCCAUUGCUAUUUAAUAUCACCAUGAACUAUCUUACUGAGAAAAUUCAGAAACCUACGCCGUGGAAUCUCCUAUAUGCAGAUGAUGUGGCUCUGAUCUCCGACAGUAUACACGGUAUACAAGAAAACCUGGAUCAGUGGAAGGAAUCUCUCGAAUCAAAUGGGUUGCGCAUAAGCAUAACAAAGACCGAAUACAUGGUCUGCAACUUCAGUCCCAAUGAGUCAAGCCUGUCGAGCGUAGACGUCACGAUAGAUGGUAAAGCCUUGCCUAGAGUAAAUACAUUCAAAUAUUUAGGCUCAGUUCUCGCAGAAGACGGAUCAAUAACCGCCGACAUUACACACAGAACUACAUGUGGGUGGAAUAAAUGGCGCACCUUAACAACAGUCCUAUGCGACUCCAAGAUGCCAAUAAGAACCAAAGGUAAGGUUUAUAAAACCGCUGUAAGACCGACAUAUUCGACGACAGUGAAAUAUUCGACCUUAGUUAACGACUAUGAGUUUGCGGCGCUCGCAGUAGAGACUUUGGGUCCUUGGUCGGCUGAUAUGAAGGCAUUCAUGGGGGCUUUGUCAGUACGGCUGGUCGAUUCCAAAGGGACCCCAGGGCGGCUUGGCUAUCGAGACGCUACGUCACUUAGUGAAACUAAGAAUCACUUCUUUAAUGGCCACGACAUCGCGCGGGAACGAAAGGUCGGAUCGCUGUGUCUCGCUCCAACCUAUAGUCGCCGCUCGCCGCUGCCGCCGCCGCGCGAUGUCGUGGCCGGGCCGUAA